CCGGGAGGGCGGGGCGAGGGAAGCACUGCAGGCGCUCGAGCUUGGCGGUUGGUGGUAGUUGGUUGUCUCGCGCCGGGAGCCGGAGUGGACUAUGAGCAGCGGCGGCGCGGGGGCGGUGGGGGGCCCAGCCACCAAGCUCUGUCUUGUGGACCCGGCCGGGCAGCGGCACGACGAGGCUGAGGCGGCCCAGACGCUGGCCGCCAUGACGGGCUGGGGGGCGUCCCGCGAGGCCACCAGGGGGCGUGAGGCGACUGCAGCGGCCGUUAGUGACGUCACGGAGGGGCUCCACGGGGCCGCCAGUGGGCGCAAGACGGCUGCGGCCUUUGGUGAUGUCACAGAAGGGGGGUGCGAGGCCUCCUCUGAGGGCAGCUUCAACGCCAGCUCUGAGGAGAGACUCAGCAGCGCCUCUGAGGGGAGCAUGGAAACUGUGGCUGCUGUGGGGGGCCUUGAAACCACUGCCAUUAGUAGGUGUGGGGGCUUAGAACCUGCAGGGAUAAUGAUGAGGGGCCUGGAAAGAGAGGACAGCAGCAAAAAGAGGAGGCUUGACACUGCUUUGAUGAUGAUGAGGGGCCUGGAGACCACCAGCACCGUAGAGGGGGCUCUGGAGAGCCCUGUGAUCACAUUAGGGAGCAUGGGAACUACCAACCCUGUGAAAGGGGUCCAGAAAAUCAACAACAGAAAGAGGGGCCUGGAGCGUGCUGGGAUAAUGCCAGGCCUACGGACCACCACAACCAUAGGAGAGAGCCAGGAAGAUGCCAUGACUAUAAGAGAUCUAGAAACUGCUAACACCAACAGAAAGAGAGGCCUGGAGCCUGUCAGGACAAAAAUGAAGGGCCUGGGCCCUGUCAUGACCUUGAUGGGGGGCCUAGAAGACACCAUGACCAUGAUCAAGGGCCUGGAUUCUGCUGGCCCUGUAAAGGGGGGCCCAGGAACCACCAAUGCCUGCAGAAAGAGGGGCCUGGAAACUGCUGUCAUGAUGAUGAGGGGCCUGGAGAUGGUCAGUGCCAACAAAAAGGGGAGGCUGGAACCUGCUGUGACCAUGGUGGGGGACCUGGAAACUGGCAGCCCUGUAGAGGGGGACCUGGAAACUGUCAACAUCAGCAGAAAGAGAGGCCUGGAAACUGAUGUUACUGUGAUGGGGGAAAUGGGAAUGGCAAGCACCAACAAAAAGGGGAGGCUGCAGACCACCAUGACUAUGGUGGGGGGCCUGGAAGAUGCCAUGACCACAAUAGGGGGCCUUAAACCUGCUAGCCCUGUAACAGGGAGCCUGGAAACUGCUGCUACUGUGCUGGUGGACCUGGGAAUGGCCAAUGCCAGUAAAAAGGGCCUGGAAGCAAGUGGGGAGCCCAGCGGGAGCCCGGACCCAGCAGUUGAUUGCCGGGAAGGCCGGAGGAAGAGGAAGGCAGAAGAGGCAGUGAUCUCGGUGGAGGAAGAAGAAGAGGACGAGGAGGAGGGUGGGCCUGGGGGGCAGCGAGUUCUGAAGAUGGAGCAGUAUCUGGAUGCACUGGAGGCGGUACAGCUGCAGCUGGAGGAGGUGAAUGCCCGCGCUGCCUGUGCCUACCAACAGCUGCGCACCAAGUUUGGGCACCUGCGGCGGCCCCACCUUGAGCACCGCAACCUCAUCAUCCAGAAUAUCCCUGGCUUCUGGGUCACUGCUUUUCUCAACCACCCCCAGCUGUCAGCCCUGAUUAAUGACCGGGAUGAGGAUACCCUCAGCUACAUGACCAACCUGCAGGUGGAGGACUCCCACACCAAGCCCAGCUGCAAGAUCAAGUUCUACUUCAGCAAGAACCCUUACUUCCAGAAUGAGGUCAUCGUCAAGGAGUUCCAACAUGGCUUCUCUGGCCGGCUCAUGUCCCAUGCCACUCCAAUCCGCUGGUGGCAGGGCCAAGACCCCCAGCUACAGGCCCACAAGCUGCCUAACACAGGGCGCAGCUUCUUCCACUGGUUUGGUGACCACAGCUUCCCUGCUGGUGACCGCAUUGCUGAGAUCAUCAAGGAAGACCUCUGGCCCAACCCGCUGCAGUACUACCUGAUGGGUGAGGGUGGGGAACAUGGUGAUGACAGUGAGACAGAAAAUGGAGAGGAUUGCGUGGUGAUCGUGGAUGAUGAUGGCGAGGAUGAGGAGGAGGUGCAGGAGAUCUUGGAUGAAGACGAGGAGGGUGGAGGCAGCAGCGUGGAGGAGGUAAUGGAGAAGGCUGCAGUGCCAGAGUCUGACAGCCGGGGCAUAGAGCUGGAGGAUGGAUAGUUCUAUGUCUUCUCCUGACCUGCCCCGCAAAGCCCCAGCCAGGAUUGGACCAUCACCAUGGAAGCUGCCCCCAGGGACCUGGGCCUAGACUCUGCUACUGAUCCCCACCCCUCCAUAGGGGGCAGGGAAUGCUACAUACCAGCAUUAGCUGCUCUUAGGUUUCACUGGGACCAAAGGAUUGUGGGUAACUACCUGGGCCUGGAUGGGCUGGGGGGGGAGGGGCUGGUUGAGCCAAGGGAUGGGUUCAACCUGUGGGUAAUGAAUCCAUGAGCAGCUGCAGGAGCAAAGAACUGCAAAUCUGUGUUGCUGCCAGGAGCAAGAAAUUGUGGGUAAACACCCACAGGUAGGCUCAGACUAAGACAUUGUGGGUAUGUUCCCAGUGACAACCAUCUCGUAUGUUGUCUAGCUCCCCUCAGCAAGGUGUUGUGGGUAAGAGCCUGCUGGUGGCCAUCUUGGGUCUUUUUUGGCUUCUGGUCUUGAGGGGAGGCAUGGUGGGUGUGGAACACAGAGCCUCCCUCACUGCACCUUGGGGUCAGUGGCCCCUGAUUGGGGGUGGGGGACAGGGACCCCAUAUGGCCUUGCCCCCAUUCCUGCUGGUCUAUGCAAUGCUCCUGAGGAGGGGGGUAUCUUCGGCUGUUGUUAGGAGUUGUGGAUUCCUACAGCCACACUUAAUACAGUGACAUUUGGAACUGC